AUUUGGUUAAUUACAUUAAACACGUGUAGUUGUCAAAAUAUAAUUUUUUUAUAUAUAUUUUAUAUUUUGUUGUGUUAUUAAUAUAUGAGUUUUAUAAUACCACAUGUAAUUAUUAAAAAAUUUAUUGUUUUACGAAUUAAAUAACAAAAUGCAAAUGAAAUUGAGUACUCGGCGCCAAUCUAAAAAUAUUGAAAUAAUAGAUGUAGAUGAUUUAGUUCUUACGAGAAAAGGUGGAGGUAGUAUAAUUGAUCAACGACCAAUUUUUUCUCAUGAUGGAGAAUUAUUGUAUAUAGUAUGGAAACAUGUUAUAAGAGCUUAUAGUACACAAACUGGAGAUUUUGUAAAAGAAUUAGAACCAGCAAGUUUUAGAAUUGCAGGAUUAAUUGUACAUCCUGAAAAUCCUAAUCUAAUCAUUGCUUGCACAGAAAAUGGAGAACUAAAUUUUUGGAGUUGUCAAAGUGGAAUUAUCACCAAAAAAUUAAAAUUGAAAUUUCAAGAAGAACCAAAAAUAAAAACAUUUCAUAUUGUAAAUUAUAAAACUCAUAAAGGAAAUGAAUUAAAACAAGUGUUAGUAACAUAUAUUUCUAAAUGCAAUACUAAAAUUUAUAUAGUUUUAUUUGAUUUAGAUAAUGGAGUUUGUACAAAAUCCACAUGUAUAUCAACAAAUUCACAUGAAUAUUAUAUUGAUGUAAUUGGAAAUCAUGGAGAAAAUUUAAUAGCUAUUCUUCAUGAUGUAGAUUUACAUAUAUUAAAUCCAUCAAGAAAUCUUAUUGACAAAUUACACAAAACUGGUAGAACUGGUAGAAGGCCAACAUGUAUUGCUGGACAUCCAGAAGAAGAAUGUGUUGCCACAGGAGAUUCAACUGGUCGUGCAGUAGUAUGGAAAGGUUUAUUUCAAAUAAGACCUUAUACAGCUGUUUAUCAUUGGCAUACAUUACCUGUUACAGAAAUAGUAUUCAGUAAAUCAGGAGGACAUAUGUAUACAGGAGGAGGAGAAUGUGUAUUAGUGAAAUGGGUUUUAGCAAAUCCACAUCAGAAAUCUUUUCUUCCACGAUUACCUGCACCUAUUAAACAUCUUACUAUAGCUCCAGAUAAUUUAUAUGUUGCUGUAUCUACUUUAGAUAAUGGUAUUGUAGUUGUAAAUCCACAAAGAAAAUUGACUUCAGUUAUACAAAAUUUUACAUGGGGUGUAAGUUUAUCUUCUAAAGAUUUAUUUCCUGCUGGUCUUAUUGUUGAUCCACGUACUAAUUGUUUAGUAUUAAAUAGUCGCACUGGACAUGUUCAAUUUUAUAACACUCAUACAAAAAGUUUAUUAUAUAAUAUAAAUAUUACGGCACAAAAUUUUUUAACACAAGAACGCAAUGCAAUUAUUGUAAAUACGGAAGUUACAAAAAUAGCAUUAAAUAACAAUGGUAUAUGGAUGGCAACUAUUGAAGAACGAAAUGAUAAUGUAUCAUGUAUAGAAGUAAGAUUAAAAUUUUGGAAAUAUGAUGCCAUACAACAAAUGUAUGCUUUAAAUACAUCGAUUGAACUUCCUCAUGAAGGUGGUAUUAAUGCUUUGCAUUUUCAACCAAGUACAUUAUUUGAUGAAGAUGAAGCACUGGCAGUUACAACUGGCAAAGAUAAAAAAUUUAAAUUAUGGCAUCUUGUAGAACCUUUGUCUAUGUUCAAAAAAACAAAAUAUUGGCAGUGUCACAGUAUAGGAGAUUAUAGAAAUCUACCUGUAUCAGAUGCUGGUUUCUCAAUAGAUGGUUCAUUAAUUGGAAUUGGUUUUGAUUCUAGUGUAACAAUGUGGACUCCAGAUACUUGUACAUUUAAAUGUAGCCUUACACAUAGCCAAUAUCAGUAUCCAGUGACACAAAUUGAAUUUGGAAAGCAAGAAGCUUGUCAUCUUGUUAUAGCAGCUUCUGCACAUCACAUUGCAGUGUGGAACAUUUUAUCACUUACAUUAAUAUGGAGUGUAUCUUUAAAAGUUGCAACUCUUACAGCAGAUCCAAAAUCAACAUAUAUGGCUGUUUUCACAACUGAUAAUUCAUUGUUUAUAUUCACACCUCAAAAAUCGUCACCUAUCUAUACAAAAAAAAAUGUCAUUGAAAAUAAUAGUUCAAUUUUGGCAGCCGCUUUUGUACCACAUUUACGAGAGAAACGAGAUUCAUCAUACAAGAUAUGGCAACGAAGAUCACAGCUUUUUUUUUUAGAUUCUAAUCAAGAAUUACUAACAUUGGAACCAGAAUCUGAAGUGACUAUUUCUCUCGAAAUCUUAUCUACAAAUACAAAUGUUCCUGCAACUGCUUUUAGUAAUCUAAUAGCGACUAAAACUAUUAAGGACACGAAAACAGCUGCACCAUUUACGUAUGAACAAUUAGGAGUACCAGGAAAAGGAAUAGUGGAAGAACUCCUCAGCGUUUCAGCCCACACUUUACCGCCCAUGAAAAUGUUAUGCACAUCAUUUAUUACAUCCCUGUUGUCGUCAUCUGUAUCUAAAACUCAAUCAAUAGAUGAUAAAGUCGAUAAAGAUAACAUAACUCAAAAAGAUUUACAAGAGGAUUCAGCUGAAGAAAGUGAAGGAGAAUUAUCACGAUCAAAAAAACAGGAAUCACCACGUGUAAUUGAAAUCAAUGAUGUUGAUGAAACAAAAGUGCAACUGGUUGAUCAUAAUUGGUCUUUUCUCUCAACUAUACUUCCAGAUCGAGAAGAAAUUGAACAUUGAUUUAGUAUAAAUUUUAUUUUGUUUAUUCAUAUUAUUU